UACAAUCUGAAAAUGGGGAAACUCUAUCUGAUAGGAGGCCUUCUUCUCUGUGUCAUGUAUGGCAGCCAGGUUGAGGGGUACGGACGUGCACAACACCGUCUGAAACAGCCCAACGGCGCAAGCCUGGAAGAUGAACUGAGGGACCUUCGCAUGGAAUUGGAGAGACUUAAUGUUACCCACCAGAUACCUGGUAUCUGCAGUGUGUGCAAAUGGGUGCUUGGCAAGACCAUUAACAUCAUACCUGAAAACGACACAAAGGAGCAUUUAAAAUCUGUGUUAGAAGCAUCCUGCAGUGCUUACGGGCUGUUUGCGUUGAUCUGCAGGACAUUUGUCAAUGGCUAUUUUGUUAAAAUCUUCAUUGAGAUUGUCCAACACCAUGUUAGAGACCCAAGCACAAUUUGCAAAGCUCUACAUCUCUGUUGGUGGCAAGCAACCGAAAAUGAUUUCUAGAUAAUGCAGAUUAACUGUCAUCAGAUGUUUCAAAAGUAAUGCAGAUGUAUUUUCAUCAGAUGUUUAAACAGAUGUUUUUGGAAUUAAUUGAGAUGCUGCUUGAAUAUGCAUGAACUCCAAUUUAACCCCAGACAGGAAUGUAGUCUAUAUUCUGUCAUCAUAUACUAUGGCUAUGAGUGUUUAGAUGUUGGUCCAUUGUCUUAGCUUCACUUUGCAACACUGUGCUGUGCUGUGCUGUCCUUAGAGAUCUGCUGUAACAUCCUGAAUAAAGAACUAUUCUUUCACAAGCCAGUGUCGAGUUCUACCUGCUCUUAACUACAUUGUAUAAACUCGAUCAACUUGGUGUCUCCAUUUUCAGUACAGCAUUUCAACAUUCAGUGUACUCCUGAUACU